AUGGGGGGUAUACUUCUUAAUAAUUUGUUGGAAGAGCUAUUGGGGAAAUGGAAAGAAAAAAAAAUAAAUUUAUAUAAUGUAUGCUAUUGUUUUAACCAUAUAAAAAAUGAGCUAUUGGGAAAUCAGAAGAAUAGGAAGGGGUUAUUUUUAAAUGAUAUUCAUUAUGAAAUUCUAACUUUUUUUUUUAAUCUUCUCGAAUGUAAUAAUAACACUAUUGAAACUACUACUAAUAUCAAUUGGAAUUCUGAUCAAACUAGGAGCAUUUGCUUUUACAUCUCUUUUGUAACUUUUAUUUUCAAUGUAGAAAAUGAAUUUAUUAAAAAAAAUAACCAAGUAGUAAUAAAACAUAUCGAAGAAGAAUAUUUAAAGGAACAUCAUGAAAAAGAUAAAAUAAAAAAAUUACUUUCAAAAAAUAAAAAUAAUUCCACUAUUGGAUUAGAAACACAAAAUGUUCAAAAACCUUCCAUAGAAAAAAAUGAUAAAAAAUUAAACACCCAAGAAAAUGACAACACUAUUAUAUUUGAAAAUGAAUUAAAUUCGAAAAUACGCGAUGCAUCAAUUUUUGAAAAAAUAGAUAUGAUCAUCAAAACUAUCACACAUUUAAAUAUUCCUAGCACGUUACUAGAAGGAAAUAAUGAUAAAGAUGAUAAUGCAAACUCAAUUAUUUUGUCUUUGCGAUUAUUCGCUUUAUAUGGGAUUACAGAAUUUGUAUUCCUUAUUUCUCAAUACUCUGAAAGUGUUUCCAAACAGUAUCAUAAACACAUAAAAAAUGUACUAAUUUAUAUCAUUAAUAUGAAAGUAAAUAAAUAUAACGAUUAUUUAAUUGAUAUGGCAAAUAUUAUUUUAUUAUAUAUUGUUAAUAUAAAUUAUAAUAUAAUUAAAGAUUAUGAAAAAGUGUUUUUUAAUUUUUUAUUUAUACAAUUAAAGAGAAAAGGAACAUUCAAUAUUGGUGUAGAACAAAAUUUUAUCACAUAUUUACAAAAAAAAGACAAAUCAAAUUUAAAUGAUGAAAUAUAUAAAAAUAUAAAUGAUUAUGGUAGUGAUAAUAUUAAUUUAUUUUUAAAAUAUAAAAAAAAUGAAUAUUUAUAUGCCUUUUUAAACAGUAUACAUUUAUUUAAAAAUAUUAUACAUGCAAAAAUUAGUAAUAAUGACGAAAAUAUAUUUACUACCAACAAUUCAAUUUUUAUAAAUAUAAAUCUAAGUAUUAAAGAUAUAAUAAAUAAUAUACAUAUGUUAUUAGAAUAUUUAUCAAAUUUUGCAAAAAAAUGGAUUUCAAAUAAAGACUUGGAUUUUGACACUUUUUGCAAUAAAGAUGAAAAUAGUACCCCUUUUACUAUUGAAAAUUGUUUAAAUAACGAAAAAAUGAGUGAUAAAUUUGUAAAUGAUAACAUAUUCAAAUAUGUAACAGAUAAAAUUUUUUCUUUUUUUCGAGGAUUAAUAAAAGAAAUGGAUACUGAAUUGAUAAGUUUAAAUGCUCAUAUAUUUGUAAAUUUUAUGAAACAUUUCUUUAUAUACAAUAAUGAAUGUGAUUUAUUUUUAGUUUAUUUUUUGGACUCAGAAUUUAUUUUAUAUUUUUCUGAUUUAUUAAUAAAAUGCCCAAGUAUAUUUGAAGAAUGGGUAUUAUAUAUAAUGCAUAUUUUUCGAUCAUCUAAUUUGUUAAUUCAAAAUAAAAUAUCUUUUGAUAGUAACAAGAAUGAUAUUUUAGAAAAUAGAAAAGGAGAAAAUACAAUCUUAAAUAUAUUGAACAAAAUAAAAAAUAUAUAUUUUCAUCAAACUGAUUUAAAUAAAAAAUUAACAGAUAUAUAUUUCAAACUCUACAACAAUUAUGCAAGUAUACUUUUGAUUUUUUUAAAACAUAUUAAAAGUUACAUAAAUGAAGAAAUAAAAAAUAAAAUUUUAAUACAUUAUGAACAUUUCUUAUUUAAUAUAUUUGAUAAAAAAAAUAAUCUCAAUUUUGAUCUAAUUUUUAAUAACACAAUUUCUACACAUUUAACAUUAAAAAUAUUAUUCACCUUUUUUAAAGUUAAAAUAUUACCCUUUCAAAAUAUACAUAAUUUUUAUUUUAAGUUAGCAAAUAUCAAAAAUUAUAUAAAUCAAAUAAAUAAAUCAAAUUCAUUUUUAUAUAAAAAUCAAAUAGUUAACAAUUCUUUAUAUAUUGAAAAAAUUCAAACAUUUCUUUUAAAUAAUUUAGACACAAUCACAAUUAACCAUCAUUAUUCUAUCUAUAAUAAAAAAAAAAAAAAUGAAAUUCUUAAUCGAAUUACAAAUAUAUCAGACCAAACUGAUAAUGAGCAAGAACAAAAUUCUUUUAAUAAAUCACAAAAAAAUAAAAAAAAUAAAAAAAAAGAACUAAACACUCAAUAUGAUGAAUUUACUAAUUAUCCUACUUUUAAAAAAAUUAAAAAUAUAUCAAAACAAAAUGAAGAAUUUAUUAUCCCAAAUGAUGAUCCUGAUUUUGUUGAGAAUCAAAUAGAACAUAAUUUACCCUCAAAUGAAAAUCAAAAUUAUUUACAAAAUUCUGACAAUGAUAUUCAUAAAAUUAAAAAAAAAAAAAAAUCAAUAGGAAAAUCUCAUAACUCCAAAGAAGAUAACAAUUCCAAAGAAGAUAGCAAUUCCAUAGAUGAUCAAACAGAAGACAUGACUCAAAAUUAUCAAGUAGAUAAUUCUAAACAGAACAUAAAUUCUAUAAUAGAAAAUAAAACCAACCAAGAAAAAAUAAUAAAUUCACAGAAACACAUUGAUAGUGUAAAAAAUAGUAGUAGCAAUAAUAAUGAAGAAAAUAAUUUCGAACCAAGUGAGAAUAUAAACGAAAAACCCUCUGAACAUAAUAAAAAAACAAUUGAAAAAAUUAAUAAAUUUCAAAAAAAAAAAAAUAAAAUAAAAAAUAUUGAUAAAUAUAAUAACUUGGAUAAAAGCUCCCAAGAUUUAAAAGAGUUAGCAGAUAAUAUAAAAAUAGUAUCGUCUUCCGAUGCUAUGAAAUCUUUGAAAUAUAUGAAGCAAUCCAUAUUAAAUGAUUUAUAA